AUGGAAAUGCAGGAUCUAGCCAGUCCACACAGCCGACUCAGUGGUAGCAGUGAAUCCCCCAGUGGUCCAAAGCUUGAUAACUCUCACAUAAACCACAGUUCCAUGACACCCAAUGGCACAGAAGGUGACAUCACCCUCCUCUGUACUGCAGACUGGCUUGUUUCAUGUUUUCCUGUAUCUUCAGCACUUUUAUGUUUAGUAAACAUUAAAACAGAGCCAAUGAGCAGCAGUGAGAUUGCUGUUACUACUACCACGACAGACGGGUCUUUAGACAAUUUCUCAGGAUCAGCAAUUGGAAGCAGUGGUUUCAGCCCAAGACAAACACAUCAGUUCUCCCCACCACAGAUUUACCCUUCCAAACCAUACCCACAUAUUCUUCCUACCCCCUCUUCACAAACGAUGGCGGUGUACGGGCAGACACAGUUUACAACUGGGAUGCAACAAGCUACAGCUUAUGCCACUUACCCCCAGCCUGGCCAGCCCUAUGGAAUUCCUUCAUACGAUCUGCUAUCACUAACUGAUUUAGGUGCAUUGUGGGCAGGCAUCAAGACAGAAGGUGGAUUGGCACAGUCACAGACUCCUGGACAGACAGGAUUUCUAAGCUAUGGUGCCAGCUUUAGCACACCUCAACCUGGACAGGCUCCCUAUAGCUACCAGAUGCAAGGCAGCAGUUUUACAACAUCAUCAGGAAUAUAUGCAGGAAAUAAUUCACUCACAAAUUCUACUGGAUUUAAUAGCUCACAGCAGGAGUACCCCUCUUACCCCGGCUUCGGCCAGGGCCAGUACGCACAGUACUACAACAGCUCUCCGUACCCUGCACACUACAUGAACAGCAGCACCAGCCCUACCACGCCCUCCACCAAUGCCACAUAUCAGCUCCAGGAGCCACCAUCUGGCAUCGCCAGCCAGGCAGUCACAGAUCCUGCAGCAGCAGAAUACAGUACAAUCCACAGUCCAUCGACACCCAUUAAAGAUUCAGAUUCAGACAGAUUGCGGCGUAGCUCAGAUGGGAAAGUGCGUGGACGUGGCAGAAGAAACAACAACCCUUCACCACCACCUGACUCUGAUCUAGAGAGAGUAUUCAUUUGGGAUUUGGAUGAGACAAUCAUCAUUUUCCAUUCCUUGCUUACAGGGUCCUAUGCUAACAGAUAUGGAAGGGAUCCACCCACUUCUGUGUCUCUUGGGCUCCGAAUGGAAGAGAUGAUUUUCAAUCUGGCGGACACGCAUCUGUUCUUUAACGAUUUAGAAGAAUGCGACCAGGUUCACAUUGACGACGUGUCAUCAGAUGACAACGGGCAGGAUCUAAGCACCUACAACUUCGGGACCGACGGCUUCCCUGCGGCGGCCACCAGCGCCAACCUGUGCCUGGCGACAGGGGUGCGCGGCGGUGUGGACUGGAUGCGGAAGUUGGCCUUCCGCUACCGACGGGUCAAGGAGAUCUACAACACCUACAAGAACAAUGUUGGAGGUCUUCUUGGUCCAGCAAAAAGAGAGGCUUGGCUACAACUAAGAGCAGAAAUCGAAGCUUUGACAGAUUCUUGGUUAACACUUGCACUGAAAGCACUCACCCUCAUUCAUUCAAGGACAAACUGUGUGAACAUUCUUGUAACAACUACUCAGCUAAUUCCAGCUCUGGCCAAAGUCUUGUUGUAUGGAUUAGGGGUUGUAUUUCCCAUAGAGAAUAUUUACAGUGCAACUAAAAUAGGAAAGGAAAGUUGUUUUGAGCGAAUAAUUCAAAGAUUUGGAAGAAAAGUGGUGUAUGUGGUUAUAGGGGAUGGCGUCGAGGAGGAGCAAGGCGCAAAAAAGCAUGCAAUGCCAUUUUGGAGGAUCUCGAGCCACUCUGACCUUAUGGCCCUGCACCAUGCCUUGGAACUGGAGUACUUGUAG